AUGGAGAAUAACUGGCUACGUGGUAGUACCACUGAAAAGGACCUGGGGGCUAUAGUGGAUCUGGGGGCUAUAGUGGAUCAUGUCACUGCCAGAGGAUUUGGUCCAUUGUUACAGUUUGCCUACACUGCUAAGCUGUUACUCAGCAGAGAAAACAUCCAGGAAGUCAUCCACUGUGCUGAAUUCCUGCGCAUGCACAACCUGGAGGACUCCUGCUUCAGCUUCCUUCAGACUCAGCUGCUGAACAAUGAAGAUGGCCUGUUCCUGUGCAAAAAGGAUACCACCUGCCAGAGAAUGCACGAUGAAGAGAACUCUGAUGGAGAAGAGGAGGAAACUAUGGAAUCAGAGACUUCAAAGAUAUCCUGCCCAAGGGAAAGAAUGUAUCAGGAACCCUUUAACUUUGAAUCCACUGGUUCUGGAGCAGACAAGGAAGAAGGGAUGCUGCCUGACUCUGACAUGCUGAGAGAUAGCAAGGACAGUUUGGACAAAGAUGCAGUAACACGGUACCCAAGAUAUAAGAAAUAUCAGCUUGCUUGUACCAAGAAUGUCCACAACACAUCACACAUCAGUACCUCAGGUUUUGCAAGCACAUUCAGUGAAGAGAGUUCUGGAAAUGGCCUCAAAUCAAGACUUGCUGUGGGGCAGAUAAAAAGUGAGCCUCAGAAUGAGGAAAACGAUGAAGAAAGCAUCACGCUUUGCCUGUCUGGAGAUGAACCUGACAUUAGGGAUAAAGAAGGGGAUGUCGAAAUGGACAGAAAACAGCCAAGUCCCCCUUGUAUUGACAGGUCUAAAAGUGUGUCCUCUCCUUCCUGCUUAAGGUCUUUCUUCAACAGAACAAAAAGCGUAGAUUUGGUUGGCUUCCCCAGUACUUCCCAACAGCACUUUGCCAGGAGUCCAGCAUGCCCUUUUGACAAAGGGACAACUCAGGGUGACCAGAAAACUGACUACAGCCCUUUCACAGGGAAUUAUGGACAGUCUCAUGCCAUUCAGAAGGAUACUUCCAACUUCACAAUGGGAUCGCCACUCAGAGGGCCUGGUUUUGAAGCACUCUGUAAACAGGAAGGUGAACUGGACAGGAGGAGUGUUAUAUUCUCUUCAAAUGCUUGUGACCAAGUAAACACUUCAGUGCAUUCAUAUUCUGGUGUGAGCAGCUUGGACAAAGACCUCACUGAGACUGUGCCAAAGGGUCUGUGGGCUGGAGGCAGCCAAUCCCUUCCUAGUUCACAGACCUAUUCCCACAGUGGACUGACAGCUGAUCACUUGCCAGGAAGGAUGCGGCCUAACACCAGCUGCCCGGUGCCAAUUAAAGUUUGCCCUCGCUCUCCUCCUUUGGAAACCAGAACCAGGACCUCUAGCUCAUGUUCCUCCUACUCAUAUGCAGAGGAUGGCAGUGUUGGUUCUCCCUGUAGCCUCCCUCUGUGUGAGUUUUCAUCUUCCCCCUGUUCCCAAGGAGCUCGAUUCCUGGCCCCUGAACAUCAGGAGCCAGGCAUGAUGGGAGAUGGAAUGUACAACCAAGUCAGACCCCAGAUUAAAUGUGAGCCAUCCUAUGGAACAAACUCCAGUGAUGAGUCUGGGUCGUUCUCAGAAGCAGACAGUGAAUCAUGUCCUGUGCAAGACAGAGGACAUGAGGUGAAGCUUCCUUUUCCUGUAGAUCAAAUCACAGAUCUUCCACGGAAUGAUUUCCAGAUGAUGAUAAAGAUGCACAAGUUAACCUCAGAACAGUUAGAGUUCAUCCAUGAUGUUCGCCGGCGCAGUAAGAACCGGAUUGCAGCUCAGCGCUGCCGCAAAAGAAAACUGGACUGUAUUCAGAACUUAGAAUGUGAAAUCCGCAAAUUGGUGUGUGAGAAAGAGAAGUUACUGUCUGAAAGGAACCAGCUGAAAGCAUGCAUGGGAGAAUUGUUAGAUAACUUCUCAUGUCUUUCCCAAGAAGUGUGUAGGGAUAUACAGACCCCUGAACAGAUCCAAGCCCUGCACCGAUAUUGCCCUGUUCUCAGGCCUAUGGAUCUACCAACACCCACCAAUAUCAACCCUUCACCAGCUGGAGUAGAGCAAAACCUAGUGACAUCCCAGUGUGUUGGAGAAGGCAUGCAGUGCUGCUCAGAGCAAGACUCUGUGCAACUAGGAGCUCACUGGCUACCUAACAACGUCUCAGAAAAUUGUACAGACGGAAGAGGGCUUGAUGGAGCUGCCCAAGGUACUUACUCAGAAAGAGAGCUCCCUCUAGAACAGAGUAGCCAAACAGUGACAGUAGACUUCUGUCAGGAAAUGACUGAUAAAUGUACAACAGAUGAGCAGCCUAGGAAAGAUUACACCUAGUGACUUGUAACCUUACAUUACACCUGGUCAGGUGUUCUUCAGUCAGCCAGUGGCAGUAUUCAUUUGUUGUCUAGAACGUAUUUGGUGCACACUACAGUGGUCUUAGCAGCAAUACUGUUUUUAAGUAUUCCCUCCUCUCUACAAGCAGGAGUUACCUUCACAAUGGUGCUAUCCCUUGCUCAGGCAGGGAAUUAAACAGUGGCAACACUGUCUGUUUUUGUAUGUUAAUUUCAAUGUUAACAGGGAUGGACAUAACACCUCUGAGGACCCAACUGCAGCUUUUUUCUCAGUGACCCAUGUCACAAAACCCUAACUCAGGAAUUUCCUCUGAAUGUUCAAUUUUUCAUUGAAGACAGCUUCUUUACACAUCAAAGUUUUAUAGCUAAACUGUACAUAUUAUAUAUAAUAUAUAUAAAAUAUAUAUCUCGAUAUGCAAAAGUCCCUGCAUGCCUCAAUUUUUCUCAUCCUACAACUGGAAACUUUCAUUUAUAUUGUAUAAACAAGUUCCAACAUUCCUUUUUUGUCUUUAAUGCUAGAACUAGUUUGGUAACUUGUUACAUGAUUUUUUUUUCUUGGUUCACAGUUCAGCAGUAUCAUUCAGUUUGUACUUAUUUAUAAAAUUUUAAUGUUGGAAGCUUAUCUGAGAUUUUUAUUAUAGCCAGGUUUUUGUUUUUUGGCACAGCCAUUUUGUGCCAUUUGAGCAAUGUGGAUUUAUUUUAUUUUCUUGCAGAUACUGUACAGUAAUGGUCAACUUUGCCACUUGCACUGAGUUUCUGGUAAAACCUCUUUUCAUAAUGAAGUUGUGACUUCAGUAUAACUUGAGUAUACUGUAUUCUUUGCUUUAUAGUUGAAAGAAAAUUAUAAAGCUUUAGCUAAUAGAAAAAACACUCAGGAGAUGAUUAUGUAGGAAGAACAAUCUUGCCAAAUACUGAAUUCACCAUAUAAUGUGUAAAAGAAAAUCUGCUUGAAUAUUUUUAUAGUCUUUUCUUUCCAAAACAAAGUUUAAAUGUUGUUAAUUAUGCUUUUGGACUGUAUGGUAAGAUGUAUUUUGCUCUUUAAUAAAAUAUAAAAAGUGGAUCAGUCUAGCAUAUGUUCCUAAAUUGGGGUC